AUGACCAAAUACGAAGAAUACACGAUCGGGAUCGUGUGCGCCGCUGGGUUUGAGAUGAGCGCCGUCCGCUACAUGCUAGACCGUGAACACACCCGUCCAUCCACUCACCCGGGAGAUCCAAACAGAUACGUGCUCGGCGAGCUCAGCGGCCACAACGUCGUGGUUGCCUGCCUCCCAGGCACGCAGGGGAAGGGCGCCGCAGUCAUCGUCGCCACCAAUAUGGAUCGGACAUUUCCGUGCCUCGGCCUGCGUCUCCUCGUGGGAAUUGGCAGCGGCGUGCCCAGCACCAAGCACGAUAUCCGCCUGGGUGAUGUGGUCGUCAGCAUGCCCGAGGGCACAUACGGCGGCGUGGUGCAGUACGAUCCAGGGAAGGAUACAGAAAGCGGAUUUGUUCUCAAGGGCUUCCUGCAGCCGCUGCCGUCCAUCUUGAGAGCUGCGGUCGAGGAGAUGCGGUCGGACCACCUUCUCGAGCCAACCCAGAUCGAUACAGCCGUCUCCACGAUGGUGCAGAAGGGCCCUGACCUUGCCAUAUACAGUCGCCCAUCGGCCGCACUCGACAGACUAUUCAAGCCAGAAUAUUCGCAUCCGCCACAACAACCCGACUGUAGCCAGUGCGACGCUGCGUCGCAAGUCAGCAGGACGCCGCGUGCGGCCGAGUCUGCAAUGAUUCACUAUGGGCUGAUCGCAUCGGGCGAUCGCAUGGUGAAAAGUGCUGCGAGCAGGGACGCCUUCGGUCGCGCGGUGGGCGACAUACUCUGCUUCGAAAUGGAGGCGGCGGGCGUCAUGAGCGAGUUCCCGUGCCUUGUUAUCCGUGGCGUGUCCUCCUACGCAGACUCCCACAAGAACGACGCCUGGAAUCAUUACGCUGCUGCUGCGGCUGCAGGGUGUGCCAAAGAACUUCUUUCACAUGUGGGUGCGAAUCCCACGAAGAAGUCAUGGGCGGUGCCUAUGUUUGGGCGCCGCGUAGAGCUAGAGGGACCUGGCUGGCAGGGAUUUAGCGGGAUUUACCGCUCAGGUAGUGGAGUUUUUCUAUCGAACGUGACCUGA